UCUCAUUCUUUGUGGGUAAACCUGUAGAUCAAAUACUCAGUUUGAAAAUUUAGCGGCUUACAUUUUCAUGUUACGUGGAUUUGGUAAUUAUGAAAUUAGAGUUUCCAUUGAGUCUUCCCUAUCAAUUUAAAAAAAGAUGGUUUGACAAAGAGCCAAAAUGAGAAUCAUGUUUCUCUAUCACGAAGACACAGGAUUUGGAUGGACUUGAACAGACCCAUAUGGCAGCUGAAGGGGACAGUGCAGAAUACAGAAGGUUUAUGCAGCAACCCUCUUCUAAUAUGGAUGACAGUGGAUUUUUUUCUGUUCAAGUAAUCUCUAAAGCUUUAGAAGUUUGGGGUCUAGAACUCGUUUCAUUUACUAGUGCUGAUCCAUUGGCGGAGCGAGCCCGGCAGAGCCCUCUAGCGGCUCAAGCAUACAUCUGUAAUUAUCAAGAACACUGGUUUACCAUUAGGAGACUUGGUCAGCAAUGGUUUAAUCUUAAUUCACUUCUAGAAUUCCCAGAAUUAGUUUCCAACACUUAUCUUGGAGAAUUUUUAGCCCAACUUCAACAGGAGGGAUACAGCAUAUUCAUUAUUAAAGGACAGUUGCCUGAAUGUGAUGCAGAUCUUGUCCUUCAAGCCGUUCAAGCAGUCCAGGCCAGGCGUCCUAAUCUGCUCUCUGAUGUACGCAGUAGUGGUUCUAAAGGACAAAGGAUUCAACAAGGAACUGUGACUAAAGCUUCUGGUGCUAGUACUGGAUCUGCAAGAGACGAAGAAGCAGAUUUAGAGGCCGCCAUGAUGCUUUCUCUAGCAGAAAAUGUUCCAGGUCCAUCUGGAGGCCCGGCCGUUAUUGAUGAAGAUGAACUUCAAAUGGCGUUAGCAAUGUCCCAAGGAGAUGAGAGCUCUGUCCUCCAGAUCUUUCUCUUCUAG